AUGAUUGACAUUUCUCACGGACACACUUCUUGUUCCUCCCACAGAUCUUCGUCUUUGCCGUCGGUUUUCUGGAAAAUCCAUCUUUCACCACCUCUUCCCUCUUUCAAGUUCAAAAAAUCAACAGAAUCAACACAAAGACAGACAAUACCAAAGUUUUCCAGUCCAGCGUCCUCUUUAGCACCGUCAACUCCUCUAUGGAGUUUGUCCAGUUGUUUGCUAGUUUCAGAGGUAAGUUUCUGGCCCGGGGCUGGCUUCCUAUACAAUGACUUGGUAUGCCUUGAUAGAGAGGACCAUUGUCUUAGUAAUUCAGCCUCCCAUUCUUGUGGUUGA